AUGUGUAACCCGGCGUGGGAAGCUUUAUCAACCGUUCAGGAGACUGCCAACGUUCUUACCGCCGGUAGUACCCCGACAGUACAGACUCCGAGCGUCCUAUUACAAACGUUCCGAAGCUGGGUUGGAACCGGCCUGAACCAAGCUUACAUCCGCGGCAUUAUCGACGGAGGGAGCCAAAAGACUUUCAUCAGGGAAGACUUGGCUAGGAAGCUUAAUUUAAAGGUUGUCGGGGAACGUAUCAUGCAACUCAACACCUUUGCUUGCAGUGACUCAAACAGGUGUAGGCAGAAGUUCACCGUAGUUAGAAUCCAUAUUAGGGGCCAAUAUAAGACAGCGGAUCAUGUCUUAGAAGCAGUCGUCGUGCCUUUCAUCUGUCAAAACAUCAUAGAAACUCCAGUAGAGCACACAUUUCUCAAGACUAUCCCAGGAGACAUCGCCGACAAGUUGAUGUUUCCAUCGACUCAAGUGGAAGCGGGCAUAAGCCUUUUAAUUGGAGCGGACCAGAUGUGGAAAUUGUUGACCGGCGAGACGCGCCGCUCAUCUUGCAACACCGGGCUAGUAGCCAUCGCAACGACUUUGGGAUGGACCUUUCAGGGUCCAACGAGCACAGUGAGUGUCUUCUCAGAUAAUACCACAAAUUUGAUGGUGUGCGUGUUGAACGUGGGAGGGGCUAACGAAGAAGAUGAUGCAGCGUUAAAACAUUUCUGGGAACUGGAGACCAUUGGAAUCGUGGAUGAACCUAUGGAUAAGAAACAACAGGAAGAAAAGGUGUUUGAGCAAUUCAAGGAAAACAUCCGACAAAAGAACGUGAUCGAUUCAACGGGAAAGUACCCUACCGGGUUGCUGCAAGGCAGUCAAGCCGACCUCGGAGCCUACGACGAGUGCCUGGAAACGGUUGUGCAUGAUCAAUUUGGCAACGAGAAGAUCCGUGGCCAAUACUGCAGCAUCUACUUCCAUGUAGUCAACGAUACGUCGUUCACAGAGGCCUUGAUUCCAGCCAUGAUCAUGUCCCAUCCGCGGGCAGUACACUUCGUUGAUUUCGUCAACGACCCUAAGUCGACUCUCAAUGGAAUCAAUAUUGGACUUUGCAUCAUCGAUGAUUGCACUCACGACGAUCUUCAAGCAAUCGCAAACGCAGAUCUGCAAAAACUGUUGACAUCAUUUUCCAUCGUCAACGGAACAAGGACCUUCCUGUCUAUCAGCAAAGAGAAGGAGUCCGAAUCACAUAAGUUCAGAUUCUUACACGGAAUCCGCCUCUUUAGCGCCAUCUGGGUUGUGGUCGGCCACUCUGCCAUUGCAUAUGGAAAUAGCUCAGCAAGAAGAAUUGAUAUCUUAUUAUUCUUCGAUGAUAUAUUUGGGUGCGUGGUGACAUCGGCCUUCCUAAGCGUUGAUACAUUCUUUUUUCUAAGCGGAUUUCUACUUGCAUAUAAUAUACAACAACAGAAACGAAACCGGUUUAUUGUCGCUGUGACGGGUAUUAUACUGCGUCAUAUCAGAACAACCAUCCCGAUGCUUUUUGUCAUAUCUUGGUUCUACUUGGUACCCGUUAUUGCGUCUGGACCAGGCGUGAUUGAAAUGAUGAAUAGGUUUUACGGUGAGAUGGACAGUCACUGGUACGAACUGAUUUUUCAAGUGCGAAACUUCGGAAAGGGGUUAGAUAACACCGGAGUUUUCCAGCAUCUAUGGUAUAUCUCGACAGACUUCCAGCUAUUUCUUGUGGCACUUCUGAUCUUCACUUUCUUCAAAGGAAAACCUUGGACCAUGAUCUGCGUGUUUGGAGUCUUGUCUCUACUGGGAUGCUCGGUGUCCUGCUGGCAACUCUAUGACAGCAACUACUACCCAUUUCCAGUUGUUCUGGGCGAGACGCUUGAAGCAGUAAUUUCCACAAUCAACGAGCUGUACGUCCUUCCAAGCUACCAUGCAGCAUGCUACUUUUCCGGCUGUGUGGUUCUCCUCCUUCUACAAAUGUACGGCACUGCCAAGAUUUCUAAGGGCUUAGCCGCCAUCCUUUGGGUCAUCGCCGCGGCUUGCUGCCUGACAUGCGUCUUCAUAAAGUUUGACUGGAACCGUGGCCGGCCGCCCACUGGAAGCGCCGCCAAGAUGGCUUUCGCCUUCUGGGAAAAAAUUAUUUGGUCGUUUGCGCUCUCCUGGACCGUGUUUGCCUGUUCUACGAAACGUGGAGGUCUUUUGCAGAGGUUUCUCGCAUGGAAAGUCUGGAUUCCAUUCAGCAGGUUGACGCUCGGCUUCUAUAUUAUUCAUUUUCCCUUGCUCCACUUUGUAUACAACUCAUCAAGGGAGAGGAUCUACUACUCAAGGUUCAAUUUGUCAACGUCGUUUUUCGGCAUCAUGGCCUGGUGCGCUAUUCUAAGCUACUUUAUGUUUCUUGCGUGCGAAGUGCCAACGGCAACACUGUGCAAGCUUGUCUUUUCAAGACCGGCUCCAAGAAAAAAGGAAAAGAAAGAAAAAGAUCUUCCUGUGUUUGAUUUGAAGCCGGCUACUUCCAACACGGACGUCAAUUGCUGUGUCCUCCCAGCCCUUAAGCAGAAGAAUGGUUUUGUGUACGAGGCAACAACAAGUCCGUUCAGUCGUUUGUAAUUUAUGCAUCUCUUAGAUUAGCGGUCAUUUUGUGUAUUUGAGGAAACGCUGGUGGCCCAUGUGCACCCUGGGUAGCCGCGUCGGCUUCCUUCAUUCAUUGUUAUAUCGAAACUGUGAUGAAUAAAAAUCGCCAUUUUCAUUGUUGAAGUGUGGUUGGAAUAA